ACGCGAAGCGGGCACGUUGCAAUUUUGUUGCUUGGUUUUGUUAGUGAGCAACUACAAACAUAAACACUUGUAAUAAACUGAAAACUUUACACUUUCAACCUUAAAAAACUUUCCCUGUCAGACACCUUACUUCGUUUCCACUCAGCUAACCUCAAAUACUAACGGUUUCCUCCCUGCUAAAUUUUCAAUAGUCUUAUCUAGAUAUAACCUCGUAAUAUUUCUCGAUGCAGUUUUCGGGUAGAGUAGAAUUUUAGAUCACAAAGAGAUGCCUUCAAUGUCACUGAGGCUGAAGGAAACCAACAGUGGAUCAAGUUAUUACAGAAGAAAUCUUCAAGUAAUCAAGUACAACAUAUCUUCGACUGUGACCAAAAGCAUGUCGUAAUAUAACUAGACCAAGAGUGCACAAGGUAGUUUAAUCGAUGGAUGAUUGGAUUGCGGCUCUAAAGACAGCAGCAGCAACAAGAACUAGCCAACAGGUGUCGACAGAUAUCCAUAACCUCCUAUCAGGCCAACACAGUUGGAACUCCACCUCUCAUGCCAGACCAAUUUAUUGCAAUAUCUGUGGAGAUGCUCUUUCUGCCAUCCAGACCACAACUGAAGAUGAAGGAAACCUUUUUAAAAAAAUUGUUCGCGCCUUUUCAAACUUCGAAAUUGUGAGAAUAAUCAAAUUGUAUGAACGCUCUUGGAAAUCGCAUUUGGAUGAAAUCGGAGUCACCAUCCACGGUUACAGCUGCUCAAUCUGUAAGUUCAAGAUCCACAAGCGCUGCGCCUCCAAGGCGAUCAACAAUUGCAAAUGGACCACUCUAGCCAGCGUCGGAAAACAUAUCUUAGAAGACAAAGAUGGAAACAUCCGUAUGCCCCACCAGUGGAUGGAAGGCAAUCUGCCCGUGUCAUCCAAGUGUGCAGUCUGUGAUAAAACCUGUGGAUCUGUUCUCAAAUUGCUGGACUGGCGCUGCCUGUGGUGUCGUGCUACAGUACACACCGCAUGUCGACCGAGCUACCCGGUCGUCUGUCCACUGGGGCCCUGUCGGGUCAGCGUCGUGCCGCCUAUUGCCUUACAUAGUAUUGGGACUGAUGACGCGUGGGAAGCGAUUAGGCCGACUGGAUGUUCCCCUUUGCUAGUAUUCGUGAACUCCAAGUCGGGUGACAAUCAGGGUGUCAAGUUUCUGAGGCGAUUCAAGCAACUGCUCAAUCCGGCUCAAGUGUUCGACUUGAUCACCAAUGGACCUGGGCCUGGACUGAAGCUGUUCCGUCACUUUGACCCGUUCCGCAUCCUGGUGUGUUCGGGUGAUGGCUCGGUGGGUUGGGUGCUGUCGGAGAUCGACCGUCUGAACAUGCAGCACCAAUGCCACGUGGGUGUGCUGCCUCUGGGCACCGGCAACGACCUGGCAAGGGUGCUCGGCUGGGGUUCCGCCUGCGACGAUGACACACAUCUGCCGCAGCUUGUCGACAAGUACGAGAAGGCCAGCACUAAGAUAUUGGACAGAUGGAGCAUAAUGACGUUCGAACGCAGCAUCUCGAUAGCGAGUGGAGGUAAGUUGACCUUGAACGUGCCCUCUGAGGAGCAACCCACCGAGGAGGGUGAUGGGGAGGGGGAGGAGAAGCCCUCCUCGCAGAUGAGUGAGGAGGAGAACACCAUGCUCUACCAUCUGCUCAGGAUUAUGCGAUCUGACGAUCAUACCGCCAUCUUAGCUUCUGCCAAGGUUUUGUGUGAGAGUGUGAAGGCGUUUUCACUGCAUGCUGCAGCCACCAGCCUGGGUCAGGGUGACCAUGCGUUCGGCAGAAAGUGUCUCACGUUGAAGGGAAAACUGGAGUUGCUAACUCAGAGCUUGCAAGAUGACGAGGACUCUAUGAUGGGUGAUGUGGAACAUUCUGAAGAAAAGGAGAAAUUUGACAUUCCAGAGAAACCUGACGAUGGUGCUAAAGAACACAAAGAACAAGAACCAGGAAAAGAUAGACUGAUAACCAGAGCGAAUAGUUUAAAAAGAGCAAUAAGACAAUUUAUCGAGCAUACCGAGAUAGCAGUCGAUGAACAAAAUAAGCAGAAGAAAAGAACUAUGGAUAGUUUGAAAGUUGGUGACUGUGAGACAAUGGCACCAUCUCUGCUGACGUCACCUAGCAUGGACAUGCUGGCUAACCCGAUGUCGAUUUCCCCUUUGCCUGACCGCCGAGAGUCCGCCUGCGAUCCGCUCAACGUACCGCUUGAAUCGCUGCCCGUCCCCAGCAUGUUCGCCGAUAAUCGACGCGGAUCUGAUCUCUCAAUAAUGUCGCAAGGCGACCAAAGCCGUAGAUCGUCGUACACGCGGCAGCAGUCGUUCGAUAUAGUGGCCGAUGUGGAAUCGAGCAAAGAGACGGAGGAAAACGACCGCAACGUGAUCAUUGAAGCCGACGAUGUGUCCCGCAUCUUCAAGCGAAUUCGCAUUCCUGGAGUUUCGCUCGAAGAUAAGGAGGCCACUGAUGAAGGAGAAGCUCUGAAAGCAGUUCUGUCUGGUCUGAUAAUGCCUGAGGAAGUGUUGGCUAAGAUCGGCCAUAUUGAUUCUUCAGAAACGUCCGAUGACAGCCCAGAGGCGUCCUCCACUAAUCAAAAACAUAAAGAUCGAAAGCGAUCCCUGUCCGAAGAUCGAGGUAUGAGUCAAUCUGUCCGUCGACUGGCGCGCUUCCCCCUGACCAUUGACUCAGUGGAGCAGGAGGGUGAGGGGGAGGCUGUUGAUCAUCCUGACGAGGAGCAGGAGCUGGAUGCCACCAACCUCAUAUCCACCUCCCCUGAUGAUGACGAUGAGGAUGAUGACGAACUGAGUCUGUUGCUUAGCAACCGAGGUGGAGGCUACCAGGCUGCCAGCACUGCUCAUCUGCCAGUUGGAGGUAAACGCUGCAGCAUAGCGCAUUUCGUGGAGGGAAGCGACAUAGCACGACGCUCCAUCAAGUGCCGACACAAGAACCUCAACCUGGACCAGGACCUCGACGUGCUGGAGGCGGUGUGCCGCGAGGUGGUGGGGGAAGCUAAGGGAGGGACCAACCUGCUAGGAGUGCCCACCAUACAUGUGCAUGCGUCUGAUGAUGAGAGCAAUGUUAGCAGUGAUGAUAACCGCACUAUUGAGGCUGAGUUUCCUUAUCUCGGUCUCAUAGGAGGAGGGGGAGACUCAACCGCUCGCAACCUCACCCCCUCCAGCCUUGCCUCGGGCUCGCCUCGACUCAGCAUCUCACCAACCAACGAUGAUGCAGAAAAUGACGAUGCAGCAAAUGACGUCACAAUAGAGGACACCGAUGACGUCAUCAAGUCGAUGGGUCCGACUGUUAUCAUAGACCCGCCUUCGCCGCCGCAGGAGGGGGGAGGGGAUGACAUUGACCCGACCUCAACAGCUGCUAAGAAGGACGAUGACCUACUAGAUAAUAGACGACCCAGCUAUGACUACUGUCGCAAAUUGUCGGCAGCCUCCCCCCUCUCCCUGCUGCACUUCUCCCCCUCACCCUCGCGGCGCAUCUCGAGCGUGUCUCUGAUUGGUCGGUCGGACUCUACCGAACAGACCACACCCACUGCGCACACGCCUUCCAAGGACUCAGACAAGGAUAAGGAUAAGAACAAGGAGAAAGAGCUGCCCAUUAUUAAUCCGCUGGUCAGGCUGCCCACGUGGCCCAAUGUAUCAUCGAUAGGGAUGGUGAGCAAAGCCCUACUGGCCAAUGCAGACGCGCUGUGUGCGGCGGCCGUGCCUCUUAUGGAUCCUGAUGAGACUCUCAUGGAAGGUUUCUACGAGAAGUGCGUGAUGAACAACUAUUUCGGGAUUGGCAUCGACGCGAAGAUCUCGCUGGACUUCCACAACAAACGGGAGGAGCACCCGGAGAAGUGUCGGUCGCGGGCGCGCAACUACAUGUGGUACGGCGUCCUGGGCAGCAAGGAGUGGCUGCAGAAGACCUACAAGAACCUGGAGCAGCGCGUGCAAUUGGAGUGUGACGGACAACGCAUACCACUGCCCUCGCUGCAGGGCAUUGUCAUACUCAAUAUUCCUAGUUUCAUGGGCGGAACCAACUUCUGGGGAGGCACGAAAGAGGACGACAUAUUUCUGGCGCCGAGCAUAGACGACAAGAUACUGGAGGUGGUCGCUGUCUUCGGAUCGGUGCAGAUGGCCGCCUCAAGGCUAAUCAACCUGCAGCACCAUCGCAUCGCGCAGUGCCAGACUGUGCAGAUCAACAUUCUAGGAGAUGAGGGAGUCCCGAUUCAAGUGGAUGGUGAAGCUUGGAUUCAGCCGCCCGGAAUGAUUCGAAUCAUUCACAAGAACAGGAUGAAAAUGCUAUGCAGGAAUAGAGCGUUGGAAAGUUCGUUGAAAGCGUGGGAGGAGAAGCAACGUCAACAGGCGCUGUCUAAAACGCCGCGACGGCAGUCGACCACCCCCGCCAGCCUCACCAUCUUCUGUGAGGAGGAGAUGCAACUGCUCAUGGAGUUCAUUGAAGCCACUUCCACGCUCAUUCGUUGUGUCAAAUUUUUGACAAUCAAUCAUCCUUCAAUGAAGUCGGCUCUCUACGAAAUAGCAGAUCAGUGUCAAGUCAGCCUUGAGAAAGUUCAUCCUGGUGGGAAAUUUCUGGAAGGGCUUGAGCUAAGAACACAACUCACAGAGCUGGUGACAAACACUAGAGAUCUGAAUGAUGAGGCUUGUCUUUUGCUCAGGGAGAAAGCACAGACAUUGAGACUGAAAGAGGACCUGGCUACUCAACUGAAUCUGGCACUAAGCAAUAUGGACCAUGAGUUUCGGAAAUGUAAAUUUGCUUUUGAAUCUGAAACGGGGCAGAAUCUUGUGUACCUCAAUCCCCCGCCUGCUGAUGAGGAGCGUAAAAGUCGACCGAAAGCGCCAUUCUGGCUGAUGAAGUUUCGACGAGGUGGCGGUGUGUCGGACAAAGUGGGCGGAGCCUCGGACAAAGUGGGCGGGGCGUCGGGCGUAGCCGGCCGGGAGGCGGCCUCGUGGGGCGUGGCCGAGGUUGCCGAAUGGCUCGACUCGCUGCAGCUCGGCGAGUAUGCGGACGCAUUCUUGCAGAAUGAUGUCAGAGGGCGGGAACUGUUGACGCUGACAAGGCGUGACCUCAAGGAGAUGGGCGUUACCAAAGUGGGUCACGUGAAACGUAUACUGCAGGCGGUCAGGGAGCUAGGCAUGUGAUCCAGGAGUGUCUAAACCAGGACAUUAACGUCGAAGACAAUCAAAAUCAUUUGAGACUAAUCAUCAUUCGUGGCAACUCAUCAUCAUUAUCAUCAAAAUCAUCAGUCCUGGUAGACAAAAGCUAACAUUUUUGAAAACAACGCACGCAUUGCAAUUAACGCCACAUAAGUAAUUUAUUAAAUCACUAGCUAAAUUAUCAAUUCUUGUUAUAAUAAUCAUAUCGGUAAGGUCUUUGAUAUUUUUAAAGACCAUCUUCCAUAUUAUUAACAUAAAGUUAUUGUUAUGAUACAUGCUAAUGAUUAAGUGAUAAAUACUCUAGUCUAUUCUGUUUCAAAUUCUUUGUUCGAGAGUUUGGAAACUGUUUAAUAAACGAACAUAAUGUAACUUGUUUUUAAACUUCGCAUAACUGUUAAAAAAAUUUAUUCUAUUGAGAUGCGACUUCUUAUUUUGUACAAUAAAUUUUCUGUAUAGAAAAACGUUGAAGAAUGAACUGACAACGAUAUUAGUUCACUUAUUCAAUUAGAUUAAUAUCUGAUUAUUUAUUUGUAGUUGAAACUGUUGUUUGGUUUUCUUUUUUGAAGGAUUAUGUAUUCUAUUUAGAUAUCAUUUGAACAUUGUUCUAUCUACAUUGUGUGAAUGUAUUUAUUGUUUGUUAGUUUUUAUAUGAUGUGUUUGUGUGAUUUGAGUUUGAGAAAGGUUUUUCUUUCUCGAAUUAUAAGAGUCCAACAAAGUUGGUCAUAUCUAUUUUGUAAAAUAUCAAGUAAUUGUUUAUAUCAAUCCAAGUUAUGAUCUGUUAAUGUGCACUGUGUUCAAUUAUAUCAGUAUUACUGAUAAUAUUAGUUAACAUGAGUAAUUACUAAUUGAUAGUACGCUAUUUGAUUAGUAAUUAGAUCUCUUUUGAUGGAGAUUUUCUCCUAAAUGUAAUUGAUGAAAUCGUGAUUCUAUCAACUCGACUAGAAUGACUAUCAUUAAACUAAAGCCCAUCGAUUCCAUAAUUUUAAAUUUAUGAACAUAUUGAUUUCAUAAUAUCAUUAUCAUAGUGAACUAUCACAUUAUUAAAUUUAUGAAUAUUAAUAAUUUCGUGAUAUUAUUUUUUAUCAUAGUGAACAUUUAUCUCUUGAAAUACCUACACUUCAACUUAUCAAAGUUUGACAGCAAUUUCUCCAAGACUGCUUGUUAUGUACAUGUUAUUUGUUGAAAAAAUAAUUCUUCAUCUACUUCAGCUAUUAAAAUGCUGUUAAAAUAAUGAAAUCUGCAUUGAAUAUUGUGUACAGUUUUGUCUGGUGCUGAGAAUAACUAUUGAGAUUUCGUGUGGUUUAUAUAUUAUCAUCUGUAAACUUCUGCAAUAAGUCUUUCACUACAGCUAAAUAAAUUAAUAAAAUAUUCAACUAAUCAAUUAAAAGAAAUAAGGGAAUUUAAAAAUAAGAUUGUAAGUUAGAGAUAAGAAUUGAAAAAAGUUCAAUAGUUAUCUAUUGUGAACUAAAACAGUCUUAAAUCAUGUUAGUGAUUUCAUUUUUCACUUUCCAAUCGAACUUUUUUGAGUUUUAUCUAUUGAUUCUAUAUUAAUAUUAGAUUUAUUUUAUUGAAUUAACAAGAAGUGUCUUUCUUUAUGUUAUUGAAGACUCAGAUAUAAUAUUUGAUAUUAUAUCCUACUGUAAUAUUUCCUGAUGUAGUACCAUUUCAUUUAUAGAGUUUUAACUUCUUGUAAUUAAAAACAAAAAUGAAACAAACAUAAUUCAUGAUUGAUGAACCUAAUUCAAUCAGCAAAAUUAUGGUUUAUGUCUAUUUCAUUUGAUGUAUUGAGGGAAGAAAUCUUUAGCUCAUUAAAAUAUUUGUUUUUGUUCUCAACCAAAAAUAUAAUAUUCGAUUGUUGGACAGUGAAAGUGAUUGGCAGUAAAUGUGAUUAUAUUUCUAGAAUAAUAAUUAUAUAAAUAAUAUAUGGGGCUGUUCCAUUGAUAAGUGCAAUAUCUUUGUAAAUACAUUUUCACAAUAUCUUAACCUUAUCUGAAUCUGAGAUGGUUUGAACGCUUUCAAGUUGGAAAAUAGAUUUGUUGCUGUAUUAAAGACAGAUCUAAUACACUUGCAAUAAAACUUUUAAGCGGGUGAACUGUAUUACAUGGAAAUAUAACUGGGGCAUUGAAAGUCCCACAAGAACUGUUGUAAGAUAUGGUGCCAUUUUAAACAAUGGAUUUUAGUUGUUGGUUUAAACUGGAUUUAUUACUACAGCUUUCUAUAGUUGUAUGAAAAUUUUAUACAUCAGAAAUUGUACAUAGGAAUGGUGGGGUUGAAUACAAGGGAUAACUUCAUAAUAAUUACGUAAAACUUGCUAAAAUUUUGUACAAUAUUUCUACAGUCAUCAAUUAUUUUUUAUGUCGCCAAAAACAACUGGAAAGUGUUACUUCAAAUCCCAUUAAAAUACUUCCCCCAACCAUUGAUACGACUUCUAUAUCACAUUAUAUUAGCCUAUUAUUCAUCAUUAUACUUCCAUUGAGAUUGUAGUAAAUUUGCUGGUUUUUUAUCCCAAUACUUGAUCCCACCAUUUUGAAUUUUGGAACUUUUUCUCGGUAAACAAUAUACAGCUUUAACCACAGUAUUACACCCAGCUUAAAAAUCACUGCUUUGGACCAAUAUUAUCAGUGAAAAAAUCAGUUUAAGUCAACUCAACAAACUUUUGCUGGUUGCUAAUGAAAUCAAAUAUGUAAAUAAUAAUCAUGGUGAAAUGAAUUACUGGAACUGUUUGUUCUUAGAUGAUGGAAAACAGUUGAACGUUCAUUGUGUAAUCAUAUAUAGACAACUGUUUCUAUUUUCGAAUAACAGAUUAUAUUUUUCACAUAGUUUGUGCUCAGCUAUGCUAUAUUAUGCAAUAAUUGUAAUGUUGAUACAUAAGUUACCUGUACAGCUACAAUCAUGUAUUAUAUAGAUAAAAACAUAUUUAUCAAAUUGAUAGAGAUAUUACCUUUAUAUUUUAUUCCAACACAAUCAUUUACAUCAUUUACUAUAUCUUAGAAUAUCCUAAAAUAUUCUCCAAAAUCUCGUUCUAGUUGUAACAUUUUUCAUUACUUCAACUGUUGUUUUAUUAUGAUACUUAUUGUUUGUAAUCUUCAAAUUCUGGGUAGAAUAUCUCUCAAUAACUGUGAUUUGAACGAUGUUGUUCAUGUUUAUCUUUUUCUUCAUCUAAAUCUAGAAUAUUACUUCAAGAUUUAUCAUCUAGAUCCUAUCUUUAUCUACUUUAACCUUGUGAUACAGUAUAAUAACCCAAGCACAAGCAAUAUUCGGGAAUUUUGGGGGAAGAAGAGGUUUAAAUAAUGUGUCUUUCCCUCUUUGUUUAAAAUUCUGCAAUACAAACUUACAUGCCUAAAAGGCAGUCGUUAGGUCAUGUCAGAGGCCCUGAAAUUGAUCAGUUGCGACCUGAAAACUCUGACACCAGACCUGAGCCAGCCAGGUCCCUCUAUAUUAUUAUUAUUACAAACGUAUUGGGCUUCAACACUUGAUACUAUAUCAACUUGUUGGCUUCAUUUUAGCCAAUUAAUAUAUUAAUCCUAUUUUUAAAUAAAUUCAUUCUUGACAUUUAAAUUUAACAUUUUGCAAUUCAUAUUUGGUUCCUCAUUUGCGUUUUGUUUUGUAUUCGUUCCAUUUCUAGUCUUUUUCUGGUCUCUUUGAACAUUUAUUAUUUCCAGUAUGAUUAUUUUCUUCCAGUAAAUAUAAUAUUUCAAGCUUUAGCAGUUGCUAUUAUGAAUGUAAGAGUUGAGUAUUCAUAAAAUUUGAGUUGGAUAAUAUCUGUUUCAGUAUUCUAAUUGUUUUUUAAUUUGUAGUAAAAGUUUGUUCAACUAAUAAAGCAAGAUUGGUAUAGAAAUAAAAGUUAUAUAAUCAGAAUAUUUAAAGAAGGUUAGAUAUAAUGUAGUAUAUUAAUGUUAGAAGAAAUUCCCUUAAGCCAUUUUCCACUACUAUUCAAUAUAAAACCAUGUGAUUUCAAUCUAGGGCCUUAAAACCGAAAUCUCCCAUUUACAGUAGAAGUCAUAUAGGAUUGUUAUCAAUAACAAAAAUCAAAUAUUAAAUUUAGUCCACAAUUUUCCCCGAUUUGAAUACAUGAAAUACAAGAUCUUAUACACAUAAAUCUUAUUCCAAAAAUGUAUAUCUAUCAAAAAAUGAUGACAAAACCCAUGGAAAAAGGAAUCCAGUUCAUUUCCAUGGUCCUUUGUUUCAUGAUAGUAAACCAAUACCUAUUUUAACUAAAACAAUAUUAUAUCUAAUCAAAUACACUGAGCAAUAACUUCUAGUUACGAGUAAUAAUUGUUACUUUCUAGUGUAGUUACUUAUGAACUUAUUACUAUUUAGCCUAUUAGAUACUAGUCACAGACAAUGGACUUUCUCCAUUGUUUUUGGAACUAAUCCGCUAUAACCCUAAACACAGAAUUAGAUUAUAGGAGUUUUCUCUGCCCUAACUUAACCUUGUACUUUCAUUUAUUCAACAAAUCAUGAAAGGCAAUUGCUACUCUUUUCAUAUCAGCAUAGAAUAUGCUAAGAAAACUAGAAUUGCUAACUUGUAAUAUCCAGCAUAGAAUUAUUGGCAUCUGAGAAAGAGAUAUUCCCUUUACCCUAGAGUAACAUAUUCCCCAUAAGUAUUAAUUAUUAAGAUUACCCUUAUAUAGUGUGCGUUGGAGCACUUAAAAUGUAAAUAUUAACUUUAGAGAUUUACAAUCCUUGCCUGGCAGCUUCUCUCUUGAAUAUGAUAUAGAUUUUAUACAGAAGUAAUAUUGUUGAGAAAAAAAUUUAGGAUGAAUGUGAUCUAUGUAAUAAUACAAAGAACGGGUAAUAGUAUAUGUAAUAAUUACAGCGGAUUUGCUUAUUGGAAUAGAUAAUUGUAGAAGUAUUCAAUAGUUGUUCAAUAUAACUUGAAUAAGUUUUUCAAAUAUUUACAGUUGAUUUUGAAUGAACAGAGUGGUAGUAGGCCUUCCCAUGAGGUCAUGUACCGGUAGCUUUAUGAUGGAUAGCUACUUUUGGGACAUUCUGUAUACUCUUUUAUUUAAAUUAAUUUUUAUAAUCAAUUAUGUUCUUGAACUGGUUUCAGACAUCAAAUCAAACUGUUAUGUUUCAAUUAAAAAAAAAUGAAUACAGAUUAGUUUUAAUAUAGCACCUACGGUAUUUAGAAUCAUUAAAACUUGAAAAACAUUUCUUUAAAUCCUUUAUAUAUCUUUGAAGUUUUAUUUAAAUUAAUUUUUAUUAUAAAUUAUGUUCUUGAACUGGUUUCAGACAUCAAACAAAUUCGUGGUUGCUAAUGGUUUCAGACGUUAUUGCCUUACAAAAGAAUUGAAUACAGAUUAGUUGUAAUAUAGCACCUACGGUGUUUAGACUCAUUGAAACUUGAAAAACAUUUCUUUCAAUCGUCUAUAUAUCUUUCUAGGUUUCCGAAUUUCCAUAAUAUUUUCCACCCUUAUCGUUCUUUCCUCUCUCGACUCUUAGUGACCAAUUUUACAGCCCAACUUGAAUUAGAAUUUCUCUAUAUAUUAUUUCUUAUUUUCAACUAUUUCACUUUCCUUAACAUUUUGUAUUUCUUCCUCACCUUCUUCCAUUAUAUUCCUACCCCUGUUUAUGCUCACCAGUCCACCAUUUUGUAAUUCUCAUUAUCUUUUCCGUAGUUUUUAUCAAAGUAUUCUCAUCUUCUCUUCAUUUUUAUUCUCUUCCCAUAUUAUCUCUUUUUAACUCUUCCUAUAUUUCUCCUUGCUUCUCUACUCUAUUUCCAAACAAACAAACCCGUUGUAACUUAUUACACUAUAGAAAAGUAUUGUAGCUAUUUAAAACAGUAUUUUAAAGUUUCUACCUUGAAAACUAAAUACUUGAUUUCGAUAAAUUUAAUCUAUGGACGAGACAAAGUGUGUGAUAUUUUUGUAUUAAUCAAAUGUGUAUUCAUUUACAUUAUUCCGACAUGUAAUGAUAUGUCUACAGAUUACAUUACAUGACAUUUUAUACAUGUAAGUCUUCUAAGUA